ACAAUGGCAACAACAACCACCGCCCACCCCUUGAGAAUCCUCAUAACCGGUGGCGCCCGGGGAAUCGGCCGAGGCCUCUUCCGCCAUUUCCUCCGCGCAGGCCACUCAGUCUACAUUCUCGACUCCAACGAAUCCGAACUAGCACAUGUAAGAACACAAGCCCCAUCGUGGAUCCCAUCUCCCACCUCAUCAUCGACGCCAAAAUGGAAAGCAGCAUCAUGCGACCUCAGCGAUCGCAAGCGCAUCACUGAAACCAUACACGACGUACGCGACGUCUUUGACGGAAAACUCGACGUCCUAAUCAACAACGCCUUCGCGACGCCACAUACCUGGUCUGAAGACCGGGGUAUGGAGGACGGCAUAGAAGACGCCGACGACGCCGUGAUGCGUGAAUGGGACACCAAAAUCGCGGUUGGGCUUACAGCCCCGUUUUUACUGAGUAGGCUUUGUGUUCCGUUGCUCCGUGCAGGCAAUUCCACGGCCGAUGGGGCAUCUCCUGGGACUAUUAUCAAUAUUUCUUCGACGCGCGCGUAUCAGGCUGAAGUUAACCACGAGGCGUACUCUGCUGCAAAAGCUGGGGUUUUGGGGCUUGGGCAGGCCAUGGCGGUUUCGUUGGGGGAGAGGUAUGGGAUUCGUGUUAAUGCUAUUCUGCCUGGGUGGGUCCAUGUUGAGGAUGAGAAUGAGGAGGCAGAUGGAAAGGGGGUAAAGUGGGAGGAUGGGUUAGGUGAGGAGGACCAGAAGUGGCAUCCUGCUGGGAGAGUUGGGAAGGUUGAGGAUGUUGCGAAGGCGGUGGAGUAUCUGGUUGGGUGUGGGUUUGUUACGGGGCAGGAGGUUGUUGUUGAUGGGGGGGUUGGGAGAAAGAUGGUUUACCCCGAGUGA